UUUAUAUAUUUAUAAACAUGCAAUAAUUUCGUUAUGUGAUAAUGAACUUAUGAAGUCGAUAUUUUUUUACAGUACAGAAUUCAAUGAUUUGUAAAUUAUAAUUUAUAGGAACUUUUUUAUUCCAAACUAAUCUUUAUUACUUAGAUACGUUCAUAAAAAAAAUUAUUGUUCAAAUUAAAAUUUAAUAUGUGGGUGUCUACUAAAAAAACUUUUAAUAAUACUCUGAUGCUAUUUCAAUUCUGUCGAAAAAGUGAUUUUUGUAUUUUUAGUUUUACCAACAUGAAACAAUUAUACUCUAAAGAAAUACAUGAAUCUUUAUUUGCUUCAAUAUAUUCAUCAACCAAUAAAAUUGAAGUUGAUGUUAAAAACGUUAUUGAAUUUUUGGAAAAUAUCAGAGAGAUGAAUAAUAUAAAUUAUAAUUUUUAUCAAGACAAAUUGAAUACUAAAGCAGAUUUAAUAAUAACUCUAUCUGAAGGAUAUCCUCCAUUUAAAUUGGAAUUGGAAUUGGAGUUAAAAGAUGAAAAUAUUUUUUAUUCCAAAUUGACUUGCCCAUUAAUUAAAAUAAUAAAACAAUUAAAACAAAACCAAGAAGAUUUAUUUGAUAUCAUAAAAAAAAAGGAUUUGGAAAUUUCAGAAUACAAAUUAAUAGGAGGCAAUAUAGCACAUGAAAAUAUUAAGACAGAUAUUUUUGAGAAAGAUAAUUUUUUUAUGAAUUCACUGCAGAAUCAUAAAGAUUUAUGUAAUGACAAUCCAUAUUUGUAUGAAAUAUAUUCAUCUCUAAUUGAACAGUAUGAUAUAAAACAUCCUGACAUAUAUGAAAAAUCAAAUAUCAUACCAACUAAGGAGGAAAAUCAAGAAAUUCAAACAAAUACUAAUACUAUAACAAAUAAUAGUAUAGACCAUAAGGCUACAAAAAGUUCAACUACAAUGGAAAUUACUCAUACAUCAAUUAAUGUUAAAAAGCGGAAAAAAUCUUCAUUGUUAAAAAGUCUUUGAAAUUAUUAUUAUUAUUAUUAAGUAAUAAUACACACAAUAUUAUAUUUUUUUAUUUAAAUCAUUUAUUGGCAACAAAAUAGAAUAUUUAAUAAUUGGUUUGUUCAACCAUUAUUACAUAUUUUAUAAAUUUUAUUACAUGUACAAAAUGCAUAUUAUCUAAAAAAUAUAUUUCUUUUAAGAACCAGU